UCGACCCGGACACAGGAAGUGGAAUGCUGUUCCUAAGCAACGUGACGGUAGCUCACGCCGGGCGCUACGAGUGCAAGGCCUUGAACCCUGGGGGCGUGGCCCACAUGACCUUUCACCUCGCCAUCAACAUGACAUCAUCAACCGCACUCUGGCCUCGGCUACACUCUUCCUCCUCGUCAUCCCUCUAUCUGGGGGAGGUGGUGGGGGUCAGCCAGGAGCCCCUGUAUGAAAUGGAGAGUAUGGACUUCUCAGCUCUGGGCCCGGCCACUCAGACAGUCAUCGCAGUGGGCAUCUCUCUGCUGGCUCUGAUCGCUCUGCUGCUACUCAUUAUGAUCUACAGCCGCCAGCAGCAACACAAACAGCCAGACGACAGCAGUAAGGAAGAGAGGAUCCUGCACGUGAAUAACUACUCAGACGGUCCCAGCACCUCCUCUCAGCUGGAAGAGUACUGUGACGACGCCGGACACGAGAUGUACGUCCUCAACUGCUCCCGCUCCGGCCCCGCCCUGCCAACACACGCUGGACUCCUGGCCAAUCAGCAUGCAGCUAGCCUGGCCAAUCAGCAUACAGGAGUCCUAGCCAAUCAGCAGGGGGUGCUGGUACUACAGGAAGGUAUUCAUGCCCAGGUUUGGAAGGUAAAGAACCUCUUACAUUCUGCAAAAUAAAAUCCAAUAAAUGACUGUAAAUAGGAUUGUUAAACACUUUAUUUGGACAGUAGAGCUAAAAGCUUUCAUUUGGUGCUAUUCUCCAGCAUUUUGGAUUUAAGAUCAAGAUCAAAUGUUUUAUA